UAUAUUCUCCCUUCUUUCAAGUUGGCGCGAAGGAUGAGAAGGCCUAUAUUCGAAGUGUAUUCGACAAUGUUCUUGAUCGGUACGAUAAGCUCGCGGCUGAUACCACGUCUGCGGUCGGAAGAAAUCUUCAACGCAGCCUUCGUAUGCCCAGACCUGAAUGCACCGCCGCCUGUGGUGGAUGAAGUCCUUCCUCUCAGGCCAAUUGUGCAUCCGGAUUCCGUGGCCAUUGGAAUCCCAAGCGAAGCGCGACAAAUCAAUUCUUCUCAAGCACCCAACUUGAAUGCAAAUCUUCCAGCUCAUCCAGCUGGCCUUGAAGGCGAUCAUGGGGAAUGCUCCGCUCAAGCGAAGGUGAAAUCGUUUUUCGAGCAAGCCGGAUGCAGCGCUCCGAAAAAACGCCUGUCCGGCAUCCCGGGGCCGUCUGAACCAAGGAUGGAAAGGGUAGCAGAGACACCUGCGGGGACCCAGCCUGAAAUUUUAGCUCAACACGUCACGGAUCAAGCUGGGAGUUUGAAGACAGUUGUGAUAUACCACUAUUCAUUGGGUGAACCCACGUUGAAGCCUCUGUCCCCUUCGGGGCCAGCUGUGGAUGUCCAGUCAUCUAGUUCACGAUGCGAGCCGGAGGGCAGUACGCCUUCUCGUGGCAGAAAUACUUUCGUUGCGCAGGAUCUAUAUUCUAGGUCUUCUUCUAAGCGCAAAGGAGAUCAUUUGGAAACUAAUGGGGAAGCUCAGAAAAAGUUCAAGCAAGUAGAGCAGACUCUGACCGAAAUUCAAAAAGGAUCCCCUCUCCAGUCUACUCAAAAUUUGAUGACAGUUUAUCCGACGUCGUUCAAUACCAAAGGGAGCUCUCCAAAAUCUAAGCUGCAAGUAGAAGAAGAAAAAGCAUUGGACAUAGGCCAGCAAACUUCAAAUCUCGAUGAAGAAGAGGAAGCCGCAAGCCAAAUUUCAACUGGGCUAUUCAAAGUAUGUAAUUGGGAUUAUUUGCAGGACGUUCUUGCACAGGACGAAGAGACUACUCUUGAAGAACCCACCGAAGAUUAUCGAGCCGAAUGGGUUUUUGAACAAUUGAAUCGAUGCAAAACUCCGUCGAGCCGGGAGGAGGUUUUUUGGAUUCCGAGAUCGCAGUCAGAGAGUUUCCUGGAGAUUUUUCGAAGGCUCGAGGGGAUUUUUCCCGCCAAUUUCGAUGACGACAUUAGGAGAGAAGCCGUUGGUGAAUUUUUCUUGAGUCUAGCUGAAAAGAGAUUAGCUCUCAGUAAAAACAUCAUCUUGAAAGACCAAAUCAUCAAGCCAAUGAGAGAAAAAAUGCUUGCGAUCCCUUCGGUAAAGCUCACACCGCGGAGGAUGAAUCGGAUUGACAAGAUUGUUCGGUACAUCGAAAUCAUAUCGACCAUGGUGACCUUUUUAAUUAUAAGCUAUCUGACACUAUUCAAUGAACACGAGCCUGGGUUUCUUCGCACAGAGACGGUUGAUAAUCUUUUAAAUUUCAUCAAAGAUUUCUGGACCAAAGUUCGAGAGCAGGAUUCCGAUUUCCUCGAUGGCCAUCCUUGGGCCAAGGUCAACAUCGAGAUCAUGCGGAUGACGAGCAGAAUCCGAGGCGAAAAAGAUUACACCGCCUUCGUCUAUCAAAAAAGAUGUCAGAUGGCUCAUGCUUGGCAUAUCCUUGAAUACUGGGUCGAAAUCAAUAAGAAAUCAAAAUCACCGCACUUGUGUUCAAGAAACUCCCGGAAUAUUUAUCAAAUAAUUACUAUCAUCAUCAUGUCUCAAAAUUAUCGCCGGAUUUUUAACAUGGUUUCUGAGAAAAAGAAAAUCAAAGCUUUAAUGCAGAGGACAUCGUAUAAACAAAAAACCUAG